CGAGAAUCGGAAAGUCAUUUGGCGGCUUCCUUUCUCGCUGUUCACUUAACGGGGAGCGCAACGCCGUAAUAUCUUUUCUGUUAUGAAUGCGCGCGAAACCCAGCAAGAAGACGUUUAUGAUGACCUCACCUCACGCGCAUUUCUCCACUCGUCAACGCUCUCUCCCCUCUCUGCUACUCACGUUUCUCCCUCGUCCCUUAAGUCCUCUUCCGCGCCGCCCACCAGAUCGCCGCUUGCUCUUCCAUGGCCUCCACUCGAAUCGCCGUCGUCGGAGACGUGCAUGAUCAAUGGAAUCUGGAGGAAGAUACGAGGGCGCUUCAAUUCUUACGGUGCAGCCGGAUCUGGUGCUAUUCACAGGCAAGCUAUCCUUUCCCUCUUUGCCCAGAUAGGUCAAAUGUAUCACUUAACUUGGUUUGGAAUCAGUGAUUUCGGGAAUGAGAACGUUGAACUCGUCCAGAGUAUCGCAGAUCUUCAGUUCCCCAAAGCCGCUAUAUUGGGGAAUCAUGAUUCCUGGACUACCCCAAAGUUCUCUGCAAAGACAAAAGAUCGCAUCCAACUUCAGCUGGAAAGGUGAGCUCAGUGUGUUCUCUCACGUGUUUCCAGAUUGGUUGAUGAGCAUUUUCAUUUGCUUUCGAACUGCUCUGUCUAUCAGUUGCUAAAUGACCUUUCAGUACAUUCCCUUGGUUGCAAUCAGCCUUGGCGAUGAGCAUGUAGGGUAUAGUCGUCUGGAUUUUUCAGAACUGAAGAUCAGUGUCGUUGGUGGACGUCCAUUUUCUUGUGGCGGAGAACAUCUGUAUCGGAGAAAGCUUUUGUCUGCAAGAUAUGGCGUCCAUGACAUGGAAGGAAGCGCCAGGAGAAUAUACAACGCUACUUUGGGUACUCCAGAAGACAAUUUGGUCAUUCUUCUUGCACAUAAUGGACCUACAGGUCUCGGCUCUAAUUUAAACGACAUUUGUGGGAAAGAUUGGUCGGUUGGUGGUGGUGAUCAUGGUGAUCCAGAUCUAGCACAAGCCCUGUCCCGCUUAAAAGACUCCUCGAACUUAAGCAUCCCUUUGAUCGUCUUCGGUCACAUGCACAAAGAGCUGGCAUAUCGCGCUGGUCUUCGCAAAAUGAUCGUAGUUGGAGAUGACGAGACCAUCUACCUGAAUGGGGCCAUCGUGCCUAGAGUGAAACCUGUGACUGUGAGCCACGAACAAGGAGCUGCCCAGCAAAGUGAAGGCACGCUGCGAGCCUUCACCUUAGUCGAAAUCGUGGAUGGUCGAGUGGCGAGAAUUGCAGAGACUUGGGUCUCAGUUCUGAAAGAUGGUGGCGCGGCUGUGGCAGAGGAGCUAGUGUUGUUCGACGGCAAGCCAUUAGGGUAAAUUUCCAAAAGCAUGAGCUUCCAUUGUUGGUCAUUCCUUUGUAUGUAUACUUAUCUGCUUGACUUGUAUUAUCCACCAUUAAAACCAAGACCUUGGGUCCCUGUUGCUGUUUGUCGUAAGGUAUAUUGUGAGACCUGGAGUAGUUAUAAGGUGAGCUGUCAAUUAUCGCCAUUGUCUCUUUAGUUGAAAACAUACAUUGGUGGGUUGCACGUUACGAUUUGAUGAUGGAGGUGAUAGUGCAAGAACACUGAAACUAGCCUACUAAGAAAUGAGCAAGAUUGAUUGUGUG